AUGGGAAGAGGAUACACGCACAUGGUUUUCACUGAACAGAAUGCGCCUCCCCAGGUCCUUGACACGAAACCUCCGACAGUCUGUUGUAAUCCGGAACCAUCACAAAACAAGCUGCCCCAGGUCUUACGGAGCUGUUACGAUGCCGGCAAGCUCGCGGUCAUCGGCGGCGGUGGUGGUGGGGCAGGCGCUGCCCGAUGCUGUGCAUCGAUACCGAG